GGUGGUGUCAAACUCCAACUGGUCAUAGAGAAGAGGGGCCAUAACGAUGAGUAAAAUUGUGGAAAUCUUGAAGAAAAAGAGGGAUGGGCUCGAAUUGAACAACGAUGACAUCGUUUAUUAUAUAAAUUCAGCAUCCAACCGAAUAAUCGACGAUUGUCAAAUAGGUGCAAUGCUCAUGGCUAUGUUCAUUAGAGGGUUGUCAGAAAAGGAAACAAUUUAUUUGACAAAGGCUAUGAUGAAUUCAGGCCAUGUAAUGAAAUGGGAUGGGUUAACCGUGGACAAACACAGCACCGGAGGAGUUGGGGACAAAAUUUCAUUACCCCUAGCCCCUGCUUUAUCAGCUCUUGGUCUCAAAGUUCCUAUGAUGACUGGAAGAGGGCUUGAACUCACUGGUGGGACAUUAGAUAAACUUGAAAGUAUUCCUGGAUAUAAUGUUGAAUUGACAGAAGAAGAAAUGAAACGGAGCAUUAGUGAAUGUGGCUGUUUUAUGUCUUCUACUACACAAAAUAUCUGCCCUGGUGAUAAAGUCACUUACAGAAUAAGAGAUGUAACUGCUACAGUUCAGUGUCUUGGCUUAGUAAUUGGUUCUAUUUUAUCUAAAAAAUUGGCUGAGGGAACUAAAUAUUUGAUAAUUGAUUGUAAAGUAGGCGAAACGGCAAUGUUCAAGACUGUCGAGGAAGCAGAAAAGGCUGCUGUUGAAAUGAAAAAAGUUGCAAAUGAAUUAGGCCUUUCAAUGAAAUGUGCUGUGACCGAAAUGUCUAAUCCGAUUGGCUUUAAUGUCGGAAAUAGUUUAGAAGUGAUUGAAAGUGUAGAAUGCUUGAAAGGGAAAGGUUCAGAAGAUUUGUCACAAAUGGUAGAAUGCUUAGGAGGUGAAUUGCUCGAAUUAUGUGGUAUGUGUUCUGUCAAAGAAGGGAAAGAAAAAAUUCACGAAGUGCUUACAAAUGGUGAGGCUUUGAAAAAGUUUAACCAAAUGAUGAUUCUACAAGGUGUCAAUAAAAGGGUCGCAGAUGAAAUUUGCUAUGGCGAUGCUUGCAAGGUGAUACCAACGGCCAACCAUAAGACUUACUUCAAGGCUCCAGAGACAGGCUGGGUGAAAAGCAUCAAUGCAAAGUUGAUCGCUACUGUCUGUUGGAAACUGGGAUCUGGUAGGAUGAAGCCAACCGACCCUUUGGAUUUUGCAGUUGGUGCAGAAAUACUGAAACAUGUAGGGUUUCCAGUUCAAAAAUCAGAAAACUGGAUUGCAAUACAUCACAACAAACCUAUAACAGAUGAACUGAAAAAAAUGAUCGAAUCUGCUCUUCUCGUCUCAGACAAAAUAUACCAACGACAAAACAGAAUACUGAAAAUAUUUUAAAUUCAUAGUUGAGUCUACAGCGAGAUAGAAUAUUAAGGUGGAGAGAAAUCAGGUAUUCGAUGGUUCCAUCUUUUAAACUAAAUUACUACAGAUUACCUGGUUUCUUUCAACCUUAACAUUUUGAAUUGUUUAUGUACCAUAUAAAUAAAUAAACAAAUAAAUAAAUCUAAUUUAGCUACAAAGAUGUUUGUUAGCAAUGUCUAAAUUAAAUUAACACUGUUAUAUUAUAUUGUUUUAUAUUAUGCAAUCAACAUUAUUUUAUCA